GGACCGAACUUGUUAGUAUAAAAAGUCCAUGGGGAAAUAUUUGUAGUAUGUGGGAUGUGUUUUAUAAAGGCUCAUCUUUAUUAGCUUCGAUACGCACAUCUUCGUAACGUACUCUAGGGUUUUUUUUGGGGUCCUUCUUGCCGUUCAUCUCAAUCAGGAGGAGUCGUAUUGUGAAGUAUGGGUGAAAGUGGAAAGCGGCAGCGCAACAAGAGGGAGAGAGAAAGGGACAGGGAUAGGGGGAGGGAGAAAGACGGUGGCAAUGGCGAUCAUAAGAACCAGAGAAGAAGAGGAAACGAAAGAGAUGAUAGAAGUAAUAACAACAACAGGGGUAAUGAUGAAUUGGUUGCUUACAGAAUACUAUGUCCAGGCAGAUUCAUUGGCAGUGUGAUUGGAAAGAGUGGGAAGGUCAUAAAUUCAAUAAGACAAGAUACAAGAGCAAAGGUUAAGGUAGUAGAUCCAUUUCCUGGCACCAAAAACAGAGUCAUAACAAUAUAUUGUUAUAUUAAGGAGAAAGAGGAAAUCGAGCCUGAUGAAGAACUUGGUGAUCGUGACCCUUUAUGCCCUGCCCAGGAUGCACUUAUUAAGGUGCAUAAUGCAAUUGCAAAUGUAGCAGAAACAGCUGGUGAUUCUGAUAAAAAAUGGAAAGAUAAGGAAGAAUGCCAACUUCUAGUUCCAGCUAGCCAGUCUGCAAAUAUUAUUGGAAAGGCUGGGGCAACUAUAAAGAAAUUAAGAAGCAGGACAAGGGCAAACAUUAAAGUUACUCCAAAAGAUAUUAGUGAUCCUAAUCAUUCGUGUGCCAUGGACUUUGACAACUUUGUUGUGAUAACUGGUGAACCAGAGGCAGUGAAGAAAGCACUGUUUGCAGUCUCCUCAAUUAUGUACAAGUUUACUCCAAAGGAAGAGAUUCCUCUUGACACAUCUGUUCAUGAAGCUCCUCCAAACAUCAUAAUACCUUCUGAUGUACCCAUCUAUCCUGCUUCUGGUCUAUACCCAGGUGUAGAUCCAUAUGUGCCUUCCAGACCUCUUCCAUCUGUUCUAGGUGGUUCACAUGUACCAGAACUUCAAGGGUAUGCGGAUUCAGGGAACACAUGGCCAAUUUACUCUUCUGCCCUCCCUGUGGUUUCUGGGUAUGGUGGUGCAUCUGCAUCAGGGGAGUUACUCGUAAGGGUGCUGUGCCCAUUUAACAAGAUUGGUCGUGUUAUUGGAAGGGGUGGUGCUGCCAUUAGAAGUGUCAGAGAAGCUAGUGGUGCUCGUGUUGAUGUUGAUGAUACCAGACGCGAUGAAUGCAUUAUUACAGUUGCAGCAACAGAGUCAUUGGAUGAUAUAAAAUCCAUGGCUGUUGAAGCAGUUCUAUUGCUUCAAGGAAAGAUAAGCGAGGAAGAAGAAGAAAACGUUUCUUUUAGGCUCCUUGUCCCUUCUAAAGUCAUUGGGUGCAUCAUUGGUAAAAGUGGUUCUAUCAUAAAUGAAAUUCGGAAGAGAACAAGAGCAGAUGUUCGUAUAUCAAAAGGUGAUAAACCCAAAUGUGCAGAUCCUAAUGAUGAACUUGUUGAGGUGAUUGGAGAAGUUGGGAGUGUGAGAGAUGCACUUGUUCAAAUAGUGCUUAGGCUUAGAGAUGAUGUUCUGAAAGACAGGGAUAGUGGUGGUCAUAAUCAAUCUUCAGGGAAUGAUUCCAUGUAUGCUGGUGGCAGUGGACUUCCUGUGCCUCCAGUGUUGCCAAGUGUCCCCCCUUCAUUGGGUUAUGAACAUAGUCAUAGAGGUGAACCUGGGAGCAGUAUGGGUAUGGGUAUGGGUAUGCUUCCUUCAGGCUAUGGAUAUGGUUCACUACCGAUGAGUGACAAUGGCUAUGGAUCUUUAUCCUCUUCAUAUCCAUCAAAGUUCUAUGGAGGAUUGCCUCCUCCUGAUGGUUCUGAGAUGCUUAUCCCUGCUCAUGCGGUGGGUAAGGUGAUGGGUAAAGGUGGAGCCAAUGUAGACAAUAUUCGAAAGAUAUCUGGAGCUGUUGUAGAGAUAUCUGAUUCCAAAUCAUCGCGAGGUGAUCGUGUUGCCAUAAUAUCUGGAACGCCUGAACAAAAACGUUCAGCAGAAAACAUGAUUCAGGCUUUCAUAAUGGCUACCUGAUUUCUGACAAUGAAGGUGAAUUUGGGUUAAAUUCAUGGGACCUUUUCCUUAGUGCGCAUUUAGUUUUAUUUAUAGACAUGAAAACGUAUCUCCUUCUAUUCGGUUCUUUCUGCUGGAUCUCUUUACUUUCUUCCAAAGAUCAUCUGGGAGUGGCUGCAUGCAUGCUAAGAUUGAUUCAUCUUAGGCUCUUCUGUAGUGUUCUAUCCAGUGGAAGUCUUCAUAAGACUUUAAUAGGAUCUUUCUCUCAUUCCAUACUCUUUUUAAUAACUCUUUUGACUUUCUGUCUUUAUGAUCGUGCGUGCGGUUGUAAUUUUAAUCGUGAUAAAUUGAUUUUUCUGAAUAUUUCAUCUUUUAUCCCUCUUGCUCUUUGAAUCGUGGGUGUAAUCCUUUCUUGAAAUAAUGCAUUCUGAAAUGGUUACCUGCUUUGCUUGAUCUUCUUGAUUCAUGGAAAGUCGUUUUCUGCAGCUGUGGUAAAAACAGGAGAAAAACAAAGCCAACUCUGGAGAUAUUUUGGUAGUUUCUAAUCUACCUAGAAAGUUCAUCCUCUAUAACUCAAUUUUUUUUUUUUUUUUUUAAAACUAGAAACACAAAUCUUUCAACAUAUUGUUCAUGUUGUUUUUCCAACUUGAAUUAAUCCAUGUGCUUCUAUUUAAGAAAUUACACCCUGUCUGUCUGUGAUGGUUAUAAAUCCUGAACGUUUUUGUUCUUGCUUAGCUUAGCUUAGCUCAUGACUUAUUCUCUUCCUAAUCAUGUUCUUGCCAUUCUGAUUCACUUUUUUAUUAAAAGAUUUCAAUCUAAAUCUUUAGGCCUCUCUCUUUAAACUUUAAAGAGGUGAAAUUUUGUAGUGUCUGGCUGGUAAAAAUCCUUACUAUGCACUGGCAGAUUAGAUGCUGCUUCACUGUUCUCCAAUGUUUGGUCUCAAUCUCACCCCAUGUUAACUACACAUUGUGAUCCUACUUCUCCACUUUUGCACUUGUCAGUAUAUAAAAAACACAGCACACACAACUCUGCUAAAUUUAGGAUGGAUAUAGCCUGCCCAAUAGAUAUGGAGUCAUGAGUCAUCAUGAUACACACACACACGUGUGUGUGUGUAUAUAUAUAUAUAUAUAUAUAUAUAUAUAUAUAUAUAUAUAUAUAUAUAGUUGAGAUCAAAUGAGAACUUAAAAGUACUGGGGACCCCACUUAAAAUGACUAACUUUUUUUUGUACACGACAUUUAAAAAAACACAUCAUUCCAUUCCUAUACAAUGAUUAAGAUAAUUGCUGAAGAAAGUUUGUAAAAAAACUUUUUUUUUUUUUUUGCAUAUGCAUUUUAAAAAAAGUUUGAUUUUUUUAAACGAAUCUCUUAGAUGCAGCCUUAUAUGUAUGUUUGGUGUUGGUUUUUUAGUGCAUAUGAUCUUAUAUGCAGACGUGUAUAUGCAUAUUCACAUAUAUGCAAAAAAAAAAGUUCGUGUUAUGGUGGAUUUUUUUGCUACGAAGCUAUAGGAGUGGAAUGAUGUAUUUUUCUUUUGAAAAUAUUGUGUAGAAAAAAAGUUCUCAAGUUCCUAGUAUUUUUAAGUUCUCAUUUGAUCUCAACUGUGUGUGUACAUACAUACACACACACACGACUGUAAAUUUAGGAUGGAUAUUGACAGCGGUAUAGAUAUGUAGUCAUGAGUCAUGAUGAUACACAAGUAUGUAUAUAUAUGUGUAAGAUGCUGAGGGUUAUUUUAUUUAGAGCAUAUAAUAAGGUAAGGGAAAUUAUGUAAUUAUAUGUACAUCCGCUACUGGUAAUUUCGUAUAAAACUCUCACCAGUAAAAGUUAAA